AUGAAAACCAUCAACAGGAUCUCGGACUUUGCCAAAAGCCUACUACAUGAGCUGAAGUUUGGACAAGAUGCUAAGGGAGAGUUCCUGGGGCUCGGGAAGGUACCGAUUGUGUUUGUUGUGCAUUCGAUGGGAGGGUUAGUGGCUAAGGCGACGUAUCUCCUUGGCCAGAAUGACCAGAAAUAUGAAGACAUUGUGCAAUCAAUUCGGGGGAUGAUUUUUUUGGCCACUCCGCAUCGUGGCGCUGAUCAGGCUGCCAAGUUAAACGAUUUACUCAGAGCCAGUUUUCAAUCGCCCCGGGAUUUCAUUGGAGAGCUCCAGAGAGGCUCGCCUGCGGUUGAAGAUAUCAAUGAGCAGUUUCGUCAUAUUGCGCCCAGGAUGAAUAUCGCUUCAUUCUAUGAGACUCGGCCAACGAAGGUUGGAAAAUUCCAAUUCAUGGUGGUGAACAAAGACUCUGCCACGCUUGGUUACCAACAAGAGAUUUCUGCAGGCCUUAAAGCAGACCACCAUGAGGUUUGCAAGUAUUCCAGUCGACAGGAUUCAAACUAUGCUACGGUCCGAAAUACGUUGGCCUCCUUUAUUGCUGACUUGAAGCCUGAGCAGAGCGGUAGCGCAGCAAGUAUAGACGGUGGAGAAUUAGUAAAGUUAGAAAAGCUUCUGUCGAUUUCUCCAACCUUCCAAGAAGAUCUGUUCUUCUUUCGCUCCUGGCGGCUUCAAGGGACCUGUGGGUGGAUUUUUGAGUCCAGAAUUAUGGAUGAUUGGCUUGAUAUGGCACACGACGUGUCCGUCAUUCAUCUCAGGUCUCCCCCGGCUAGUGGGAAGUCGGUACUGUGUUCGUACGUUAUUGAUAAUCUGCGCUCCAGCUGCCGUUCAAUACAGUAUUUUUUCUUCCGGUCAGGGGACCAGAGCAAACGUUCCGUGAGUUUCUUCCUGCGAUCAAUGGCCGUACAAAUGUGCCAUGAUGAACCGGACUACAGAAACAUGAUCAUGGAAAUGUUCAGGAAAGGCGUUCCAUUGACCGUGUCAAACUCUGGCGAUGUUUUCCGGAAGCUUUUUGAGAUCCCUUGUGUUGGCCUAAAAUUUUCUCAUCCCAUAUUUUGGGUUAUUGAUGCCAUUGACGAGUCUGAGUCGUCGAAGGCUGUCCUUGGAUACCUCUCGAGGUUGCAGGAUUUGGUGCCAGACAUGCGAAUACUUGUCUCCGAUCGAGGUAUGAACGACUUCGUUGGUCGAAUGAGAAAGCUCACAACUAUCUCCGCAUCAACCGGCGAUAGUCUUGAUAGUAUCAGCAACUCGUCCGAUAUCCAAGUCUACCUGGACCGAUCAGUUCGUGAAAUGGGUGGUGGAAAUGCAUUAAAAGAGCAAGUGUCGCGUACCAUCUUGUCUAGAGCGCAGGGGAACUUUCUUUGGGUCCGACUGGUACUUGAUGAAAUACUUAACUGCCAUACUGAGGAGGCCAUUCAAGAGGCCCUGCAGACUAUACCCGAAGACAUGAACGAACUGUACGCACGAAUGGAGCAGGCAAUUCAGGAAUCCUCACGCGCAGAAGAAAAAAGUCUUGCACAGCAGUUUCUCCGGUGGGUUGUGUGUUCGCGACACACACUGACUCUCGAUGAGCUGAAUCAGGCGAUGAAUGUGAAGUUUGUGGAUUUGCGGAAGACUGUUGAGCGCGUCUGCGGGCAGUUUGUCACCGUGGACGCGUCGGGCCACGCGAGGCUGAUUCACCAGACAGCGCGAGAGUAUCUGACGAGAACUGCCACCAGCACGGUCGCUGUCAAUCUUUUCGACAGCCAUGGGAAGCUAUUUGAAGCCUGCAUAUCGGCCCUUUCCUCCCCUGGACUCAGCGUCAGAGUCCGCCAAUCGCAGCAUCAACUUCGUCACACUGAGGCAUUCAUUGUCUACGCCGCAACGUCAUGGAUGUAUCAUCUCCAGCAAAUGGGUGAGAUGAACGAUAUGGUCAUCACACUUCUUAGCCAAUUCCUCAGAGGCCAUUCGGUUCUCGUCUGGAUCCACAUUCUGGCCACCAUCAACCAGCUAGACGUGUUGAUCAAAUCAGCACAGAGCAUCCUCACAUGUGUGAAAAAGAACCGGAGGAUGAAUGCAUCCAAAAACCCUCUACUGCAUAGGCUGAGUGAGUUGGACUAUUUAGAACAAUGGUCCGUGGACUUUGGGAAACUUGUAGGCAAGUUCAGUGGGCAAUUGCUGUCCUGUCCUUCAGGCAUAUACGACCUUGUGGCACCGUUCUGUCCAUCCAGCUCAAAUAUUUACCGGCAGUUCUACAAAGAUCAGCCAGGUGGCAUUGUUGUGUCGGGGAUAAUGCAGCAAGAUUGGAAUGACAAUCUCUUCCGUAUAACACUACCACGGGGAGAACAGGGCAUUAAGAUAUGCUGUGCUGCACAGUAUGUCACCGUUUUGUGCACGUCGGGAACGGCAUAUGUCUGGAAUGCAAACCACUUUGAGCAGAUAUGCAUCCUUAAGCAUGGGGAGGCAGUUACUGCAGUCACUUUCAAUCGACAUAGUGACCGUAUUCUCACUUAUGGCCUGCGGACAACCAAGCUGUGGUCCAUACCUGCCGGAGACCUAUUGGCAAGUACUAAAAGUCCGCCCACGAGCCGAGCAUUAGCUAUAACGAUUAGCGAGAAGGAUAACCAAGCUUUUGUCGCAUGUACCAAUAGCCUUGUGUACUCGUUGAAUCUAGAAAAUGUGACCGCUGGCUGGAGCAUUCUCAGCCAGCAGCUUCUGCGCGAAACAUCCGAUAUUGGUGGAACUACUGUGAGCUCCCCAAGGUGUGUGGCUUUCAAUGGGACUGCGUCUCUGGUCGGUGUCUCUUAUCGUGGAUUUCCACUAUCCAUCUGGGAUAUGGACGAGAUGCGAUGCAUUGCCCGAUGUAAACGGCCGAUGGGUCCACAAAAGGAACCUGGCCACAGGCCUAGUGGCUGGUUUGCCGUCGAUCGCUUUACCUGGAACCCCAUCACCGGCCAUAUCAUUGGCCUGUACAAAGAUGGGACGGUAUUCAAAUGGCAUCCCGUGACGAGUGACUAUCAUGAAGCCCCUUCCAUGGCCGAUGAAGUUGCAGCCAGUCCUGAUGGAAGAUUAUUUGUGACCAGCAGCAGCAACGGAACCGUUAAAGUGUGGAACUUUGACUUUCUGAGCGUUGUAUACCAGCUUUCAUCCGGUGAUUUGGUCAGUGAGCUGGCCUUUGGCCCAGAUAAUGCACGCUUCUAUGAUAUUCGGGGUUCAUCACUUAAUGCCUGGCAGUCCAAUAGCCUGCUACGUUUCCUUGAAUUGGAGGAGUCAUUCAGCGACACAUCCAGUGAAGAUCAUCGGUCCACAUCAUUCUCUCAUGUGUCAGAAGCGCGUUCCACUCCAUACGAGUCUAUUGCGGUCAUAAGUGCGGCCGGCCGGGGGUAUAGCUUGUACUGCGCAGGCAAUGAGGAAGGAAUCGUCACACUUUUCGACGCCGAUGUUGGAAGGAUUGAGGACAUUGUUCAUUUUCCGAACUUCAUGAGCGUCAGCUGUCUGGCCUGGAGCAAGGACUCCAAAUACAUGGCCUGCGCUGACCUUGCAGGAGACGUCGAGGUCAGGUCCAUCUCAAGUAAGACCGUAGCAAAUAGUGCCAAGCCCUCAGUAAAAAUUGAUCCGAAACCUAAACCACAAGUUGGGACGGAGGCAAGUGGCAUACAUGUGCUUGUAUUCAAUCGCGAUUGCACUCUUCUACUUAUUGUCUCCGAACGGUAUGUCCAUAUCUGUUCGGUCCACGACGGCUCAUUGAUUGUCGGCCGAAAUAUAGCGCAGAUUGGCUUUCGUAAAUGGAUCGACCACCCAACAGAGCCUGACAAAAUCCUAGCCUUUUCCACCAAAGAUGUCACGGCCUACCGCUGGUCAGAUCUAACUGAAAUUACCAGCUGGCAGUAUGGGAGUAGCGCUCCUGUGAGUCCGAAGCUGCGGAACAAGACCUCGCUCUUCCUCAACAGAGUGAUUGAGUCGCCAGAUUGUAAAUAUGUCGUUCUUCAACUACUGAGUCAGGAUAGCGGCGAAGUUAGUGUCCUAAUAUUCGAUCUUAGUUCUUUGCAUCCAUGUGGUGUCCAAGAGCGGAAUCCGUUCCCACUUGCUCACAAUGUCUCUCCUGAGGUGGCUGCCCAAGUGGACAUUCCCUUGGGGUUCCUACCUGGAUCGCGGCUGGUCUUCCUUGACGAGAACCUAUGGGUCUGCACAUCUGCGUUUGGAUCUUCCUCAACCCACAAAGCCGUCAAGAGGCAUUACUUUAUUCCACGGGAUUGGGCAAAUGUAGAAGACUUUCGCCAAUGCAAAGUGAUGGAGAAUGGCACUGUACUCUGCCCUCGACAAGAUGAAGUAGCAGUGAUUGUUAGUGGAUUGGCGUCCGCAUUUUAG